UUCAUCCGUCCAUCCACCUCCCGCACUAAGACUAAGAUCGCCAGCCGAACCAAAACAAACACCCGUCUCGUGCUUGCCGAACAAUACUCUUCUAUCACCACCACCACUACCCUGCCUUGCCCCUGUGCCUCUGUACCUCCUGGCGGGUUUUGUGAGUCAAUGGGUCCCCGAGAAGCCCUGGGUAACUGCUAUACCCAGGCCAGGCAGAGGCUAGGGCCACAUCAUGGAUGCCGAUCCUGUGCAGGCCUUCCACCGGGCGGCAGAGCAGGGGGACCUCACCAGUGUGCAGGGUUUUUUAAAUGCCGGUCUUGAUGUGGAUUGCCCUGACUAUGACAACAACACAGCAUUGCACAUUGCUGCUGCCAAUGACCACGAGGUGCUGGUGUCCUUCCUGCUGGAACACCAAGCAGACUGUGAGGCAACCAACAACUUGGGGUGGACGCCCCUCAUGCAGGCGGCCAGACACGGCCACAUGGAUGUGGUGGUGCUGCUGGUACAGGCUGGAGCAGCUGUCGACAGGCGUAACAGGCUGGGGAUGACAGCACUGAUGCUGGCCUCAGUCAGCGGACACAUGGGCACAAUACGAGAGCUGAUCGAUGCUAAUGCUGACUUUGAUCCUGAGCCAUCCAUUGCCACCUGCCAGGUGACGCCACUCAUGAUAGCAGCGCAGCAUGGCAAUGAUGCCCUGGUGCGCCUCUACCUCGAUAAGGGAGUCAGUGCCAACAAAGCCACUCCAAGCACAAGUAUCACUCCCCUGAUGUUCAGUGCUGCGGGUGGUAGUCUGUCCACUGCACAGAUCCUGCUGGACCGAGGAGCUGACCCCAACGCCCUCAGUGCCUGUGAUAUCACUGCCUUAGAUGUGGCCACUAUUUGCAAUAGGACUGACAUCUCAAACUGCCUUCAGGAAAGAACUAGUCACCACAAGAAAAAAGGCGCACUGUGUGACAUCAUGGAUGCAUCACGCCGUGGGGAUUUGAAAGCAGUGCAGGAGAUACUGUUAGCUGACCCAACCCAGUGCCAAGUGCCUACAGCAGAUGGUGCCACCCCCCUGAUGGUUGCAGCAAUGAUGGGGCACAAGCAGGUAGCACAGGUGUUAGUGCAGUAUGGAGCUCAUCUGGAUGCCCAGGAUCACAAAAAUGGGUGGACUGCUUUAAUGCAAGCCAUCUACCACAGACAGACCAGCAUGGCCAAAUUUCUGGUGCAGUGUGGUGCAGACAUUGGUAAGGUGACCCACCGUGGCUACACGGCCUAUGACUUUGCCACUGAAAUGCUGGACACCGAGAUGAUGCGCAUCUUUGUUGAGGCUCAGAUGAACUCACUGGGUCUUGGCUCCCCUUCCACCUUUGGCCAGCCAACCAAACACCUUCCUGAUGGAUCUUCCAAGUUGGGACUCAAACACUGGUGGAACAGAGUCUCCAACAAGUUCAACAGAGUGAAGCCCCAGAGACUCCCACCAUCCCCUGAGCCAGACAGCCUUGGAGACCUGAGCCUGGUGCCUCCUCUCGCACCAAUACAGUACGAUCCGAUACUGCCACAGGAGGUGCCCCUGCCGCCACUUAUGGACUUUGGAGCCAAUAGCAUCCAUGUAUUGGACACCCUGAAGAGCAUGGUGCCCCCUCACAUCUCCUCUACAGAUGGAAAACCAAACUUAGCUCCCAAGGCCAUGCGUCCUGGCCGCAAAAUUCUGCCUAAGGGUGACAUGGAGCAUCCUCGCCAUGCAACCAACUCCAGGCUUCUCAAAUGGAGCAUGGGGAGUGGAGGCCCAUCUCCAGGCUCCUCUCUCUCUGGCCCAAGCCCUCAGUCUUCAGGGGAAGCCAGAAGUCUAGGAAGUUUGCUGAAGGGGAAGGGCGAUCACACUGCUCAUGGCCGGGAACAUCUCCACAAGAAGAGUGACAAUGAAGUGCUGGUGUCUUCCCUGGACAGUGGGGGCUCUGGAGGGUCCUCUCUCAAGACUGUUACCUCUUCCAAGUCUUCAAAAUCCUCAAAGUCCUCCCGCUCUACAUCCACUUUGGUUCCUCCCGAGCCUGGGGCAGACCAGGAGCCCAGUCCCGCUGCUUCAACUCCCCUCACCCUCAGCCUGGGCUCAGGCCAACUUGCAGAGGUGCUGCAGAAGCUGUCCCUGGACCAGUAUCUGGAUGUGUUUCUGGAGCAGGAGGUGGAUCUUGAUGCAUUCCUUGAGCUCUCUGAUGCUGACUUGAGGGACAUAGGCAUCAGCUCCCCCUCUGCAAGACAUGACAUCUUGGCUGCCAGUGCUUGCCUGAGGGCUAAGCUUCCUUCACCCUAGUUAUCACUGCAUCAUUGCCCAACAAGUCAUGUACAAUAGGAUUUCCCACAGAAAUGCUCAGAUUUUAUGCCUUUCAUAUAAACUUUCAAAACAUAGGCUGCUACUUGAAAUUUUUUGUUACUGGUAAAUGAAGAUUCUCUCUCUCUCUCUCUCUCUCUCUCUCUCUCUCUCUCUCUCUCUCUCUCUCUCUCUCUCUCUCUCUCUCUCUCUCUCUCUCUCUCUCUCUCUCUCUCUCUCUCUCUCUCUCUCUCUCUCUCUCUCUCUCUCUCUCUCUCUCUCUCUCUCUCUCUCUCUCUCUCUCUCUGUGAAACAGAUACAAGUGUGUGAUACAUGACACCUGGCAAUGCAUUACUUUUUGUCCUGUGUGCAGUGAUAAGCCUUGUGCCAUAGCAGUAAGCAAGCACCACAUCAGUGCAAUGUAUGUUCAGUCAUUUUGUUAGCUUUAAUUCACAAUCCGUUGCAUGUUGUAGAUUAAAAGUUGUUGUACGAAUGUUUUGUUACUUGUAUUUUUUAGUAUGGUGGGUCAGUUGCUGUGCAAUUGUAUGGGAUAUUUCUAAAUAUAGAUUUUAAUUUCAUAAAUUUA